AUGCCGCCGAAGCCGGCGGCGCCCAAGGCGAAGGCCGGCGCCGGCAAGGCGGCAGCCCGCCGGCCCAGCGCGUCGAAGCAGCCCGCGCGCCCGGGCAGCGCACGCCCAGGCAGCAAGAAAUCAACCGCCCUGAAUCUUCCGCUCCUUGAGAUCGAUACCAAGGUGAGCAACAUCCCGCGCCGGGAUCUGCCGACGAAGAUCGGGGGGCUGGAGGUCUGGGGGCAGCACGGCCUGCCGCGGCCGCUGCUGGAGACCAUUCUCGGCCUGCCGUUUGUCCAAGGCCACUCCAAGAUCUACUUGCAUCGCAUAUCGCUGUACCAGCGGCCCCAGGAGCGACCGCCUCCUCUGGCUGUAAGCGGCAGCAUGCGAGGCGGUAAGUCGAGUGCACCGCCGGUUCCGCUACACCCUGCCCAUACCGAAGAGAGCCGCGAGGAGGAGGCGGACCUGCCAUCGCUCUUUGUGGCGCUGUGCCCUGAGAGCCGGCCCGUUCUGCUGCGAAUUGGCCUGGCGCAGAUAUUGGAGGAAGAGGUGCAGGAUCUGCCUGACUUCCUGGAGGCUUACGGGCAUUGGUGCCCGGACCUCACUGACCCCAAGAUAGUCGGCAGCCGCCACAAGCACAGUGUCAUGGUGGUCCCUUUGGCCGGCGGGCGCUGCCUUUUGCCGCCACUUGCGCGUGAGCCCAUGGUGGAGCAGAUCACGAGCUUCACCCAGACCUUUAUUGAAGCGCUGAGAGACGACUCUGACCUGCCCCUCACGGUGAGCAAGGCGUUGAAGGCGACGCAGCACGUGUGCUGCAGCCUGCUGUUGCAGCCGAUGCAGCACUGCACGGAACGCGUGCUGAACCUGACUCAGGUCUUCACGAACCUGGAAGACUUGAUGCUAGGCAGAACGCACCCCGAGCUGGGUGUCGACUACUUCGAUGGCUUGGGUGCCAGUGGCAUGGUGGCGGACCAGGUGGACGACUUCCGGGGGGGGCCGCUCUCAGAUGGCAUCCCCGUGCAGGAGCUUAACAAGAUGGUCUUUGAGCUGGUUCCGGGCAUGAAGCAGACGAGGCCCACGCAGUUCUUGAACUGGUUCCACGCCCAGAUGCAGCAGUCAGGCAAUCGCUGGCUUCUCAAGGCCUACUAUUCCGACAGCCCUGCGCCCAUCGAGUUUGAUUCUGUGCUGCAGGAUGAAGAUGGGCACGCCUUCGUCUUGCCCUUCAGCGCCAAUGCCCAGUUCUACCGCCUCGGCACGCUGCGAGAGGGUGAGGAGUUGAAGCACCGCCACAUAUUCGCACGCCUGGCCAGAUGGCUACUGUCCGGGCUCUUAAUCUUUGCGCCCCUCGAGUCGCCGGCGGACCAGAAGCAGCUACGGGAGCUGGUCCUGCUCCUGGCCAGUAUGCCAGAGGAAGACAUCGGCAGCAUGUGCCCUCCACCUCCCCCAGACGGCUCUCUGCACAUGCGAUUCGUUUGGGCCUUCUGUCGUCGGGUGAUCCGCUGCUUUCGAUGGCAUACCACCAUGAUGAUAGACGGCAAGCUGGUCUCAGUGCCGCAGCCGGGGCUACAGAUGGUUUGGGCCCUGCUGGACGCAGCCCUGGAGUGUGUGUGCUCAGAACACAGCCGCUCCUGCCCGGAGCGGAAGCGGCUGGCCCUUUUCGCGUCUGUGGCCUUUGCAGUGCGCCUCGCCGCGGCCAGCCGAAAGAUGGACGAGGUGCCCUGGAUGGAGAAGACCAGGCUGUGGGGCCGCUUCGACGAUGGCGUGGACAUCGAGGGCCUGGCAAGCCACGUCUAUACCUCGCGCUUUGGGGUGAAAGAGGCCUGGUCCAAGGAUCCCGUGACACAGGAGGUGCGAUCCAUCUUCCGCGAUGACCUACCCUGGGAAGUGAUCCCUUUGGAGGAGGAAGAUGAGGAUGUGAAGACUGUCUUCCCAGAGGACGAGGAGGUGACGUCGGUAGACGCGGAAAAGUCGGAGAUGCGGUCAGAGGCAGAGCCCAACGCGACCAUGCAGGCGAUAAAGGACGUCCAGGACAGCAUGGGCCACCAAGCACGACUGGCGUGGGAGAAAUCCCGGCGCUUGCUGAUCACCGGGGGCAUCGGCACCGGCAAGCGCUCGAUCUCCAGGAACAUUUUGGCUGACCUGGUGCUUGGACAAGUGUGCGAGGGACAGGUGAGCCGCUUCCCGGUUCGCCUCACCAUGUCAGAGCUCCAGGAUCAGUUGGGAAAGGGGCCCGACGCCGUCCAGCAGCAAGCGCUGGACCCCCCCACCCUGGGCUCCUGCGGCUGGGAGCGCUUGCGGCCCCCAAACUUCGGGGGGCGCUGGGGGCACCAGGUGAUCCAGGUAGAGAAGCAGGUGCUGGUCCUGGGUGGCUGCAGUACGCAGAACAACAAAGCAUUGCAGGAUGCCUGGAUCUCCAAAGAUGGUGGGCUCACUUGGGAGGAACUGCCUACGCCCCCAUGGCCCGGGCGCAGCGGGCAUCAGGUGAUUUGGUGGGAGGACCGCCUGAUUCUCCUGGGCGGCCUCGGGGAUGAGGAUCGCCGGUUCCGCGACUCGUGGCAGUCCACCGACGUGGGCAUGUCAUGGCAGGAGCUGCCGUGCCCCAAGUGGCCUGCCAGGUUUGGGCACCAGGCCUUGGUCAUGGACCUCUCUGUCAAGGCCCCGCCCCGGCCGCUGCUGCUGCUCAUGGGCGGCAGCGGCACUGGGAACAAGGCACUCAAGGACGUCUGGGCCUCGGAUUCCGGCGGCUUCUCCUGGUUUGAGCUCGAGCCCAUGCCCUGCUCUGCGCGCUGGAACUUCCACCUGGCCAACUUCCAGGAGCGCUUGUGGCUCACUGGGGGGUGCGACGACAGUAACCACUUCAACGACUGCUGGACUCUGGGCGGCGCCACCUGGGCCCCCAAGGGCGGCGGCGCCGCGCUGGGGCGCCGCAAGAGCGCCAUGGAUGUGGGAGGCAUCGAGCCGGAGGGCUGGAAGAACUUUACGGCGCCCUGGCCGGCUAGGCAAGGGCACCAGGCAGUUCCCUUCCGCGGCCAGCUGGCAAUCUUUGGCGGCUGCGAUGAGAAGGGUCAGGUCCUCUCCGAUGCCUGGCUCUCCGAGGAUGGCAGCGCCUGGCAGCGCCUGCCCUACUUCGCCUGGGCACAAGCGGCAGGCCGUGCCGGGCAUCAGGUCUUGCUGCUGGAGGACGGCCGCAGCAUGAUCUUCGGGGGCCUUGGUGGCGGUCGCGACAUUUUGCGCUCCAGACUGCUGGCUUUGGUCAUCGAGGACGUCGACGAGGACUUGCAGGAUGAGGAGGAUGUGGUGAACUACUUGGACAGGCUCUUGAAGCAUGAGCCGGGCCAUCUGGUGCUUUUGGUGAGCUCGCUGCGGAAGCUUCCAGAUCCACAAGGCUUCGGCCUGGCAGCCACCAGUGCCACGAUGACGGCAACCUUGGCAGUGCCAGACACUGACGGAGCCGAUUUGCUGCCCCUCCUGAAGAGGUGGGGCUUCUCAGAGCUCCAUGUGAAGCCGCUGGAGCAGCAGCAGCUGAGGGCCCUCGUCCACAGCUGGACGUCUUUGGAGAUGCGAGACAAGGUGGAGACUGAGAUGUUGAUGCCUGACAACUACGACUUGGUGAACAGCCCGCUCACGGCCAUGAUGGUGCUGCACGCUUUGGCUGCCAAGGGCCGGACGCAGAGGCACCCACUGACGCGCUGUCAGCUCUAUGAGCACAUGUUCCGCCGCAUCUUCCAGAGCCAUCAGGCGGUGAGAGCCCACGAUGACUCCGAGUUUGAAGCGCUCAACAAGCAGGGCCUGCCGGCAGCUUGUGCAGAGCUUGCGUACGAGGCUCUAGGCCGCAGCAGCCGCUGUAUCAAGGCCCACGAGCUGGCAGCCUUCAUUGGCUCCAGCCCCAAGGAGCUGACGGAGCUGUUGGAAAAGUUGGUCAGGACGGCUCACGGAGGACAGAUCCUGUUGCUGGAGGAUUACCUGGACGGCGGCCUCCGCUUUCGGUACCCGUCAAUGCAGGACUACCUGGCGGCGAAGUGCGCGUGGCAGCACCUGCUAGAGGGCCGGGGGUUGCCUCCGUGGCUCAUCCAGGUCUACAAGCGUUUGGCAGGCCGCUCCGAGCGCUACUCGGGCUGCACAGCCAUGGCCGAGCUAGGUCUGGAGGGCUUCCUCAUGGAGGAGCGCCGCCUGCAGGGCCGGCGCGUUGGCUUCGACUGCUGCGCUUUGGAGGGGACCCGACGGGUGCCGCUGGCGUCGGUGGAGGGGCCCAGCACCGGGCACAUGGUGGGCAAGUACCACGUGCAGGUAGAGGAGUUCGAGCGCUUCACAGUGCCAAUCCUUGAUCGUGUACUCAGUGAGUCUGGCCAAAGCAGCCAAGAUACAGUCUUGAUUUUUGAUGAGAUCGGCAAAAUGGAGCUGUUCAGCAGUGCCUUCGUCUCCAGGAUCCGUCGCUUGCUAGAGAGCAGCAAUCCCAAGCUGCACGUGCUGGGGACCGUGGCGGUCGCUGGGGGUGGCUUCAUUGCACAGAGUAAGCGCAUCCCGGGGGUGGAGUUGGUGGAGAUCAGCGUCCAAGACCGCGACGCCAAGACGGAGGAGGUCGCCGCCAGGUUCCUUGCCCUGUCGAAGGAACAGACAGAGAAGGCGACACAGGUUGCUGAGACGGCGAGGGCACGGGGCCGCUGGCGCCCCAAGGCAAAGGUGACGCCGGAGGCGUUCGAUCCCCCAGCUCGGACAUGUGAGACACCUCCAGAAGGGGCCCUCGCCAUGGGCAAAGCAGACUACGGCCAGCUUGGAAGGGGCCAGGUGUCGUCGGAGCCAGCGCUGCUGAGGUGCGAGGUGUCAGCCGUGUCGUGCGGCUUUGACCACACGGGCCUGGUCUCCGGCGGCCAACUUCUCCUUUGCGGCAGAAACAACCGUGGCCAGUGCGGGCGCCCCAGCGGCGGGCAGCGUGGCGAGAAGGAUCCGCCAGAUUGGUCUGAGGAUGUGCUGGAGCCGGCGCCGGUCGCUUUGCCGAGCAGCUCGACCGUACGCAACGUCGCUUGUGGCGGGGACCACACGCUGGUGCUUCUGGAGAAUGGAGAGGUCUUCGCCUGCGGGGACCACUCCUCGGGUCAGCUCGGCAUCGGCGCCGGGCCCAAGAUGUCGCCCCAGCUGCGGCCCGUCCGUGUGGGCCAAGCCCAGGCCGUGAGCGCCGGGUUCAGACACAGCGCGGCGGUGUGCGGCGACCAGGUGUACCUCUGGGGUGCCAACAACCAGGGCCAGCUGGGCGUUGGAAGGCGUCAGUCCGCACAGCCAGAGCCGCAGCUUUUGGAGCUGGGGCCGGUGCGCCAGGUGGCGCUGGGUCGCUGGCACUCGCUGGUGCUGGGGAGUGUAGUCUGGGCCUUCGGCUGGGGCCGCUUCGGCGUGCUGGGCCAGGGGGACUUCAACGACCACCACAGCCCGGUGAGGAUCGACCUGCCAGAGCCGGUGCACUGCAUAGCCUCCGGCGCCGUGCAUUGUGGGGCCAUUUGCGGGCCAAGGCGGCAAGUUUUUCUCUGGGGCCGCGGCAGCCUGGGGCGCCUGGGAUUCGGCGGCGAAGCCAACGUGCUGAAGCCCCGGCCCUUGGAUCUGGACCAGGUGGAGCACUUAGCUUUGGGUGGCGACUUCUCCGCAGCCAAGACAGCAGAGGAUUGGUGGGUCUGGGGCAAGAAUGAGGAGGGCCAGCUGGGGUUCAAGGACCGGCAGAACCGCCUGGCACCCACCCGCGCGCCCCAGCUGCAGAGCUUUGGGCGAGUGGUGCUGGGGGACUGCCACGCGGAGAAUGCUGCUGGCAGCGUGUCAGAGGCUGUGACCAGCUGCGCCAAGUUUUUUUGUCUGCAGGCAGAGGGCAAGGAGCCUCUGAAGAAGGAGCUGCUGCUGGAGCUCCGUGAGGGGCUGGCCUUCCUUCUGCAAACCAUGUGCAAGGCAGGCAAUGCUCUGGCCAUCAAAUGUUUGCUGGGAGUAGCAGCCGGUGGCCGGCAGCAUUUGAUGGCCAUGCAAUCGCAGUCGGGCAAUAACCCCACUGGCCUUCACCUGGCAGCUGUGAGUGGCCACAAGGACGUCGUAGAAAUCCUCCUGGCCCUGGCGCCAGAGCCGAUGCAACUGUGCUUGGCCGUCAACGCCGAUGGUAUGGCACCGCUGCAUUGUGCUGCCCGAGAUGGCCACGAGGCCACAGCCCGUGCAUUGCUACAACGGGCACCGGACGGCUUUCAUUUGUUGCAGAUGCCCAUGAAGAAUAGCAGCGCCUUACGGCCGCUGCACCUGGCGGCGAAGCACGGGCACGUGGAAGUCGUGAAGUGCUUCCUCGACUUCGCACCCAAUCCGGCAGCGCUGUGUGUGGAGGCCAGUGCUGGCAACACUGCGCUGCACUUCGCAGCCGCAGGAGGCCACACUGUGGUGGCGCAGGCCAUCUUGAGCUACGCUGGGCAAAGCAAAGAGCUGAGCGACCGCGCCACGCUGCUCCUGACUGCGGUGAACCGCUUCGACCGCCAAACGGCGCUGCACGUUGCCGCAGACAAGGGAGAGAAGGAGGUGGUGGAGACUCUGCUUGGAGCUGCUCCAGACAGGACCGCUUUGCUUCAAAUGUCCGACAAGCUGGGGCAGACGGCGCUCCACUUGGCGGCAGAGAAGGGCCACGGCGCCGUGGUGCACAAGCUGCUCACCCCCGCAGACCACGUUUUGGUGUCGGCCAGGGAGCGGAUCACAGGCCAGUCAGCCUUGCACAUGGCAGCGGAGUCUGGCCACACUGCAGCAGUACGCGCCAUCCUCACGGCUUCGCCCUACCGUGAGACGUCCUUGGCCACGGACCGCGGGGGCCGCUGCACCCCACUGCACCUGGCCGCCGAGCGCGGUCAUUUGGAGACUGUCCGUACCCUGGUGGAGCUUUGCCCAGAUAUUGACGGCCUACUUCUGGCCCAAGAGAGGUUUGCUGGGCAAACGGCCUUACACCUGGCCGCGGGGGCCGGCCAUGCGGAGCUGUGCAAGGUCUUGUUGGAGCUUGCACCGAAUGCUUCGACCUUGCUAGCAGCCAAGGACAAGUCUGGCGGCUUCACACCGCUGCAGCUGGCCUGCGAGAAGGGCCAGACCGGGGUCGUGGAGACCCUGCUGGAGUCGGACCCGGACCGGGGCUCGCGCUUGAAGGAUACCUUGGAGAAGUGGAAUGGGUUUUCUGCACUUCACCUCGUGGCUUACCGCGGCCAUGAGGAGGCAGCCAAAGCGCUGCUCCGUCUGGCACCUGACCGACGGGCGCUUCUGGCUUUGAAGGACCAGAAGGGCAGAACUCCCGGCGAUCUUGCCGUUGAUCGAGGUCGAAGACCCGUGGCUUCCCUGCUGUCUGAGACGUGA